AGAAAACGACAAAGAGAAUAAGAGAUAUAUAUGGAAAUAUAGUGUUUUGUGGUCUGAGAAAAAAAGAGAUCCAAACAUCAACCAUUUUGAAAGAAUCUAUGUGCCUCUCUUCCUUAUACAUUUCUGGGUUUUGGAUGUUACCAUUCUUGUGAAUUAAAAUCUCACAUUUAUUAGGUUCCUGUCUAUUUUUGACCAAUUAAUCUUUCUGGGUUUUCUGGGUAUUUACUCUUCUGAUGAAAUUUUAAUUUCUAGCUUCAUAUGCUUCUGUGCUAGCUCUAGAUCUUCUACGUUUUGACUGUGUUUUUUGUUUUUAAACAAUAUUUUGACAACAAUAUGGUGUGUUUUUGGUCUUCCAAGAUUCUUGGGUCUUUUGGGUUGUGACCAACCAAAUAAGGGGAAGAAAAAAUAUAUAUUUCUGAAUCUCUUGUGUUUCCUCUUUCAUAAAUUCAUCUGGGUUUUCUAGGUUGUGAUUUUAUUUAUUUAUUUUUUUUCCCUCACAAAACCUUGGGUAUUUUUGGUUUAUUGAUUUUGGUCUUUUGCUGAGCUCAACUACAAAUUUUCUUGAGUUUCUUGCUAUAUUUGGAGGAGAUGGUGAGAGGAAAGGUUCAGAUGAAGCGAAUCGAGAAUGCUUCGAGCAGACAAGUGACCUUCUCGAAGAGAAGAAACGGAUUGUUGAAGAAGGCCUAUGAGCUAUCUGUGCUCUGUGAUGCUGAAGUUGCUUUGAUUAUCUUCUCUCAGAAAGGAAGGCUCUAUGAGUUUUCCAGCUCCAACAUGCAGAAAACCAUAGAGCGAUAUCGUGAACAUACUAAAGAUCAGCAAGUGAUCAACGAUACUGAAAUUCAGCAAUACGCGCAGCAACUGAAGCAAGAAUCCGCGUACAUGGCAAAAAAAAUAGAGCUCCUUGAAGUUUCUCAACGGAGACUUUUGGGACAAGGUCUAGGCUCAUGUUCAAUGGAGGAACUUCACGAGAUUGGUAGCCAUAUGGAGCGAAGCUUAAAAAACAUCAGAGAAAGAAAGGAUCAACUAUUUAAGGAGCAGAUAGAGGAACUAAAGGAGAAGGAGAGAUUCUUGUUAGAACAAAAUGAGAAGCUAUGUGGAAAGUGUGCCGGACUGGAGCCAUGGCAGCAACCGGAGAAACAGACAGAAAUCGGAACUUGCAGCCAAAGUAGCGAGCGUUCAGAUGUGGAGACUGAACUGUUCAUCGGCCUGCCUGAAAUGCGCUGCUAGGUUGUCAAUGGUGGUGGCCAAAAUCUUUGAAUGUGCAUCAUUUGUGCGUCGUCUAAAUCUCCAUAUGCAAUAAUUGUAUAUUUCAAUUAUAUUAUAUAUAUGCAUGCAAUAAAUCAAAGGAACGGUAAAGUCUUAGUUGAUUAUAUGUAAGUUCUAGUUUAAUUUGUGUCCUUGAUUAGCUAAAUGUAAUUAGGUACUCGGUCAAUAAAGUGCUUUGAAGAUUUCGUAUCA